AUAAAAUACAUAAUACAUAAUAUUUGCAUUCCUGUAAAACAUUUCGCAUAAAUCACCUGUUGGAUUUUACACGCCCACGUUUAUCCUGAUCCUUUUUAUCGUGAGAAAUAAUUCUGUCUCUGUUAAGUUGGAUCACGAUAGUAUAAGCAUGCGGUAAUACUCACUAAUUACAUGUAACGUUGUUUAAUAAAUGUUAAGUACAACAGUUUUGUAGCAAAUGUAAUCCAGGCAGUAUUUGGACACCCUCAGCGCGCAGGACCUCUUCAGUCCACUAUGGCGGCGCCCGGUGGAGUUCUGAACUGUGAGGACUUUUCAAUGUUUCAGGAAGUAUUAAAAGUGAUGCGCACCAUAGAUGACAGAAUUGUCCAUGCCCUCAAUACCACUGUGCCCACUGCAUCCUUUUCAGGCAAAGUGGAUGCCACACAGACCUGCAAAGAACUUUAUGAAUCUCUCAUGGAAGCUCAUCUUUCCAGAGAUAAGGCAAUAAAAGCAUGUAUUACAGAGAGCUCUGCUUUCGUUGGGCAGUUACGUGAAGAGAGGGCAAAAGAUAGCGACAACUUGUCAGUUAUCAAGCAACUCAGGAAAGAGCAAACUAAGUUAAAACUCAUGCAGUCGGAGUUAAAUGUUGAAGAAGUGGUCAAUGACCGGAGUCUGAAGGUUUUCAACGAAAGGUGCCGAAUUCACUACACCCCUCCCAAGAUCAAGUGAAUAAUACUUCCGUUGUCAAUGUAAACCACACAGUUAUUCUGAG